UGAGUGUAGACGAGCGGCGCGGGGCUCUCGUGCUCCCCACGGAGCUCCCGACCGUCCGCUGUUGGCGAAUGCGGAAUUUCAAGGCGGAAGGGCGGCCGACCUCCAGAGACGGCCAGAAAGGCGGAGGCUCCGUGAGGRGCUUGACUGAACGACAGCUUUCAAAACAGAUAAGGCGCUAUGGGAAGUAGAACAUCAGAGGAUACUGAAGGAAUUGAAAAAGAAAUAGAAAUGGAAUUAAACAGAAUCAGUCUUUCUUCCUUUGAAGCAGAUGAUCCUGACACAGAGAUAUCAGAUGAACCGUUGAGUGACAGUGAGACAAUUUCAGGUGACUUGCCAGAAUCAGUUCUCUCCUAUUUAAACUUUAUCAAAAGCAGCAAUCAAGAUGCUGAAAAGCUUAUAUUGGAAGACUUAGAAGAUGAGCAAAGUACAAGUGUCAUUUGUGAAGUACUUGCUUGCCAUGCUUCUGAAUCAAAUGAAGACACAGAACAAUUUAAAGAAAAGAUACUACUUGAAGCUGAAAAUGAAGACUUGCAGGUUGUUACAACACCUGGUUAUAGUCAUUCCAUCAGUGAUGAAGUGGUCACUGACAGCCACCUUCUCACAGCUGGUGUUGAAAUGAGCAUAAGCUGUGCCCAUCAUGAAGUAGAAGAAAAGUGUAGACCAGCAGUUGAGCUUGAAGAUGAGAAGACAAAGUGGAAAGCUGAGAGAGAAUCACAGGAAAAACAGAAUGAAGAGGAACAUGCAAGAAGGGUGCAGCAUCUGGAUCAAUUUGAGGAUGAUCUUUUUCAUAAGAAACACCAGGAAGCAGUAGAAGACCAGUUUCAGCAAGAUGAGAAAGCUUGGAGAGACAAAAUGAGGCAACAUGAGGAGCAAAAGGCUUUGGAAGAACAGAAAGCAGAAGAAAGGCAACAACUGGCUGAACAACAGAAUAUAGCAGCUGUCAAAAUCCAAGCUACAUUUAGAUCAUUUUUAGUCCGUAAAAAAUAUGCUUCCAUCUUAAAACAAUGGAAAUAUAAAAUGAGAAAGAAGCAGAAAAUACUAGAGGAAAUAGCGAGAGAAAUGAACAAAAGAGAGGAAAAACUGAAGAUGCAAAUAGAAGAAAAUAGGUUACAGAGAGAAAAGGAAAGAAAGAGACAAGAAGAACUUGAAAGACAAGAAUAUUUGAAACAAGUGAGGAGGCUGGAGGAAUAUGAGAAAAAGAAAGAAAGCUUGAGACUGGAAACAGAAAAGCAACUGCAAAUAAGAAGAGAAGAACAAAGAAAAUUAGAACAAAAAAGAGCAAAAGCUGUGAUGAGUGAAAAUAUAGAAAACAACACAGAAAACAUAAAAGAAGAUAAUAAGAGAGAAAAUAGGAAAGUAAUAAGAGAAGAGAAGGAAGAACUAACUAAACAAAUAGAAGAACAAAAAGAAAAACAUGUUGAAAUGAUGGAUGAAACAAAUAAUUGGAUGAUUCAAGCAGAAAGAAAUUUGACACCAAGUGUGCUAGGCUCUGAGAAGGAACACACUUCUGAAGUGAAUAAUCAGAAUUUAUACAUGAAUUCAAUAAUACAGGGGGAAGAAAAUGACUCACAAACUAGUUAUCUUGAUAAAGCUCCAGAAAGUAAUAUUUCAAAGGAUGAAUCUCUUAACUUUUGUGCUAAUAAUGGGGUAGAAAAUAAGGCAAACAGCAUAUGCAGCAGUCCACCAAAUGUCCAGGUAAAUAAUAGUAAUAGAGAAAAUAAAGAUCAACUUCCUCAGUAUGAAGCAAUGAAGAAAACUGUAUGUCUAAUGAAAAAUGCUAAUGAAGUCACAAACACCUGGGACAGUAUUCAAGAUGUAGCAGUUUCUUCUAGUAAACUAACUUUUCGUGGUGAUAUUGAAAAGAAGAGAAUAAACUGGAUGAAGACGUGUAAAUCUUGGUCUAAAAUAUAUGAAGAAAACCAAACAAAGCAAGCAAUUGUAAGAAAACGACUAAGAAAAAGUUCAGUUAAUGAAAUGCCCCCAUUAAGUACAGAAAAGAUAAUUCAUAGCGGCCCUUGGAGUACGUUGCAGCAGGUCACAACACUUAMGCUCGAAGAUUUGCCAGCUUGUAGCCUCUCAACCUUAUCUGAGUGUUCACAUCUUCAAGUUUUGACUCUGAGGCGCUGUGGACUGGUUGCCCUGGAAGGACUAAGUAGCUGCAAAGACCUGAAAUAUAUCAAUGUGGAGGAGAACAACAUUCAGGUAGUUAACUGUGCAUGUCUGGAAAAUCUCUGUAUUCUCAUUCUGAAUAAGAACCAUCUUUCAUCAGUUUAUGGUUUAGAUGAAUGCAAAAAUCUCCAAAAUCUUGAACUUUCCUACAAUAGAAUCACUCGAAUUGGUGGUCUUGAGUCACUGAAAAAUCUUCAGCAAUUAAUUGUGGACCAUAAUCAAUUAAUCAGCACAAAAGGUCUUUGUGAGGCACCUACUCUUAUUCACCUAGACUGCUCUUUCAAUCAUCUCACAGAAGUUGAAGGCAUUGAGAAUUGUGGCCUACUUCAGGUUCUGAAGUUGCAAGGCAAUAAUCUCCAGGAGCUUCCAAGACUGGAAAAUCAUGUUCUCCUAAGAGAACUAUAUUUGGAUGACAAUAGCAUUUCUACUAUGAAAAUGCUUUCUUUUUAUUGGUUGCCUUUAUUGCAAAUUCUUUUGCUGUCUCAAAAUAGAUUAACCGAGCUUGUGCCUUUAAAUUCAUUUGUGUCUUUGGAAAAGCUAGAUGUCAAAAAUAAUUGUUUCUCAGACCUUACAGAUGUCCUUACAUGGUUAAGUGGCUGCCAUAAACUGAAGGAGUUGUCAUUGAGUGGAAAUCCUCUUCUACAAGAAAAGAACUGGAGGUCUUCCUUGCUGAAGGUCGUUCCUAGUUUACAGUUUCUUGAUGGUGAAGUCUUAACCCAUCAUGCUUUACCCACAACUGAAAGAAUCAAAGCAUCAGAAUUAGGAACUUUUCUGGAAUUUUGUCAAGUUCAAAUUGAAGAAAAUAUUCAGCUGAAAAAAAAGGCUGCUGAUUUGGAAUUUGCCUCUUCUGUUGAUUCUGCACUGGGACAAUGCUGGUACUUUAAUCAGCUGAUGAAGCUUAGUGUUAAACAUCGAUAUGCACAUGAGUACAGUGAAUUAGAUAUUACUGACAGAGGUGGACCAGAAGCACUUCAAAAUCAUUCAAAGCAAACAUCCACUGGCUGCCUACAGGAAAAUAACCUCUUUGUCAUGGGUGUGACAGAAAAUAAACAGGUCUUAUUGGAUCCUUCCAAAAGAUGGAUUACUACUGGUGAUAUUCAGUCCACAUUCAUUAACUCCUCCAUACCUGUGCACAAAAAGGAAAAUAGAGAUCAGACAGUGAAGCAGAAGAGCACUGAAUCUUGUAUUGAUUACAGUGGGGAGAGCAAAGGCAACAAUAACAGAWCAGGCCAGCUCACAUUGCAGUCAGUGAUAGUAUCAAGUGAUAUGGGAGGAAAUCUCCAGCACUUUGAGAAUGAUACAGAAAGGCUACACAUGGCAGCAUCUUUGAUCCAGUCCUUCUGGCGGCAGUACCGUGCUCGGAGGAGAAAUGACAAUAACAGCACAGAGACUCAUCACUUUACAGAACCUUUGAGACAAAAACAUGAAGCUGCCACAGUAAUCCAGGCAUUUUGGAAGGGUUUUCUUUUGCGAAAGAAACUGGCCAUUGCUCUUGCAGAUGUUAAAAGUGAUGAAGUGGAGGAUGAAUAUGAAGAAAUAAAUGUGGAUGCUUUCAUGUUUUCUGAAGCUGCAUUAGAGGAGGAAUGGCUAACUCUAGAUUCCACCCGUUUCCCUUCAAAAACACUCCUGCUCUCAAACCAGCUGCACUGGCCAAAGUUUUCCAGGCCUUCAGAUUCCAAUGAACUUUCAAAUAGUUCACCAUUGUCACCACAAGAACUUUGGCAGUGUGCUAACAGACCACAUUCAUACUCAGCAGAAAAUAUCCAUUUUUAUAGCAGAUCAGGGAAGGAAACAAUGUCACAGCUUUCUAACUGGAACAAAAAUAAGAAAUUUUUGAUUAUGUCUGAAAAAGAAGAGAAGAUAUCAGAAGAAUGGGGCUUUAAGAAUAUUUCUACUGCACAGCUAAUGCUGAAAAGGGCCCAUAAAAUGAAACCUAAAAAAUACAGAAAUACAAAUUUAGACCCAGCUGUGCGCCUGGCGUUGUUCAAAAAAAAUGAAAAUAAACAUCUCCCUGUGAAACCACCAAGGAAGACACAGCCUAUAAAUGCUGGAUACUUUGAAGGUGAAAAAUUUUCUCAGCUGGAUACUACUUUAGAUGAGAAAUUACAGAGAAAAGACUUCACAUGCCAAUGGCUUUAUGCACAGCUUUUGGAUUAUGAAGCAGCCAGUUCCAGAAAUAUGAUGUGCUGUCAUUUUUUGCCUGAGUUAGAUCCUGCGAUAUGUGACAAUAGACAAGUACAACUUGUGGCAAGCCCUGUAAGCAGAGAAGACACGGAUUUAGACCUUGUUUCCAUGGCCAGUGGAAGUGCUUUGACUGAGAACAGAGAAAAAAAUAAGCCGCCACACAGACACUCAGAAAGAUCCUCAAAAAUGAAUAUUUCUACUCCAGAAAAAUCAUGUUACGGUCCAUCUCAUAAAGAACGGAUAUCAUUUAGAGACCAUCCAGUGCAGCUAAGUGGAGGAUGGGGAGCAGGCAAAAAAAGAAAAAAGCUUAACAAUACUGAUUGAAUAUUGGAGAUAACUAUUUGAUUUAAUCAAAUAUGGAAAGCAUAUGAAGACAUGUUUCUUUUUAAACCUCUGAAUAUCAAUUGUUGGAUUUUCAUUUAUUACCAAUAAACCAGUUUCAGUUAACUACUUUUGACUUAUUUUAUUAUACAUGGUUAUAGUGGUUUGGGUUU